GGGUAGACUGUGUUCUAUGUCUAGGGGAUCAGAGGAUGCGGAAACAAGAGGCCUUCGGGAUGCAGCCUGAGAGAAAGCAGCCACUUAUCCCAGAGCGCUAAAAGAAUUCGACUCCUUUCGGUUCCUCUCAGGCCAGGCUCAGCCAGCUCUAACCCUCUCGGGCUCGGCUUCUUUCGGCUACAAUCGGUAGGCUCUCCAGUAGGACCCGGCCCUCUUCGGCUAUAUCCUGCCUGCACGCCUCUUGCACUCGGCUUCCUUCGGCUACGUCCGGCUUUCUCUCCUUUUGGACUCGGCUUUCUUCGCCUACAUCCGGCCCGCGCUCGUCGUGGACUCGGCACUCUUCGGCUACGACCGGCUCACGCUCGUCGUGGACUCGGCCUCCUUCGGCUACCUUCGUUCCGCGCUCGGCUUUCCUUAGCUGAGUUCGGCCGCGCGGCGCGCACCUCCUCUUCGGCUGCGUUCGGCCGUCUCUCGCCCGCUCGGGCUCGGCUCGCUUCGGUUGCGUCCGACCACCGCUCGGCUCCGCUCGGCUCUUUCCGCCUGCGUCCGGCCGCGGCCCCGGAAGGGCGCCCAUGGAGCCGGGAUUGCCCGCUGCUCGCAAGGCCAUGGCGCCGCUGUUGGAGUACGAGAGGCAGCUGGUGCUGGAACUGCUCGACACCGACGGGCUGGUGGUGUGCGCCCGCGGGCUCGGCGCCGACCGGCUCCUCUACCAUUUCCUGCGGCUGCACUGCCACCCGGCCUGCCUGGUGCUGGUGCUCAACACGCAGCCGGCCGAGGAGGAGUAUUUUAUCAAUCAGCUGAAGAUAGAAGGAGUGGGGCAUCUCCCUCGCCGUGUGACAAAUGAAAUCGCAAGUAACGGUCGCUAUGAAGUGUACACACAAGGUGGUAUUAUAUUCGCAACAAGUCGAAUACUUGUGGUUGAUUUCUUGACUGAUAGAAUACCUUCAGAUUUAAUAACUGGCAUCCUCGUGUACAGAGCCCACAGAAUCAUCGAGUCCUGCCAAGAAGCCUUCAUCCUGCGCCUCUUCCGCCAGAAAAACAAGCGUGGCUUCAUCAAAGCUUUCACAGACAAUGCUGUGGCCUUCGACACGGGUUUUUGUCAUGUGGAAAGAGUGAUGAGGAACCUUUUUGUGAAGAAGCUCUAUCUGUGGCCAAGGUUCCAUGUAGCAGUCCACUCAUUUUUAGAGCAGCACAAGCCUGAGGUGGUAGAGAUCCACGUGUCCAUGACCCCUGCCAUGCUGUCCAUCCAGACAGCCAUCCUGGACAUCCUAAACGCAUGUCUGAAGGAGCUAAAGGGCCACAACCCCUCCCUGGAAGUGGAAGAUCUGUCACUGGAAAAUGCUCUUGGAAAGCCCUUUGACAAGACAAUCCGCCAUUACCUAGACCCUUUGUGGCACCAGCUUGGAGCCAAGACUAAAUCCUUGGUUCAGGACUUGAAGAUAUUAAGAACUUUGCUGCAGUAUCUGUCUCAGUAUGAUUGUGUUACAUUUCUCAGCCUUCUAGAAUCUCUGAAAGCAACAGAGAAGGCCUUCGGUCAGAACUCAGGUUGGCUUUUUCUUGACGCUAGCACCUCCAUGUUCAUAAACGCUCGUGCAAGAGUUUAUCGUACCCCAGAUGCCAAAAUGAGCAAAAAAGGGAAAACGUCUGAAAAGGUGGAGACUCAAGAAGGGCAAGAAACAAAAAAGGAGCUGGUUCUAGAAAGCAACCCCAAAUGGGAAGCACUGACUGAGGUGCUCAAAGAAAUAGAAGCAGAAAACAAGGAGAGUGAAGCCCUUGGUGGUCCAGGUCAAGUGCUGAUCUGCGCAAGCGACGACCGCACGUGCUCCCAGCUGAGAGACUAUCUGACUGCAGGUGCCGAAGCCUUCCUACUGCGGCUCUACAGGAAGACCUUCGAGAAGGACAGCAAAGCUGAAGAGGUGUGGAUGAAGUUUAGAAAGGAGGACGGUACAAGGAGAACUGUGAAAUCCAACAAGAGACCCAAAGAUGCCCCAAACAAACGGGCUUCUACCAAGGAAAGGACUCUCAAAAGGAAAAAGCGAAAGCUGACUCUAACGCAAAUGAUGGGGACCACUGAAGACCCGCCAGAGGAAGGGGAUGCCGACCAGGGACAUCACAGAGAAAUAAGCAGCAGCCCUGAGAGCUGCCUGGGAGAAAUUAAGCAUGAAGAGUUUGAUUUAAAUUUGUCAUCUGACGCAGCUUAUGGCAUCCUGAAAGAGCCCCUGACUAUUAUCCACCCGCUCCUGGGUUGCAGUGACCCCUAUGCCCUGACAAGGGUACUGCAUGAAGUGGAGCCCAGAUACGUGGUACUGUACGAUGCGGAGCUCACCUUCGUAAGGCAGCUGGAAAUCUACAGGGCCAGUAGGCCAGGGAAACCCCUGAGGGUUUACUUUCUAAUAUAUGGAGGUUCCACGGAAGAACAGCGCUAUCUGACUGCUCUGCGGAAAGAAAAGGAAGCUUUUGAAAAACUCAUAAGGGAAAAGGCUAGCAUGGUUGUCCCUGAAGAACGAGAAGGCAGAGAUGAGACCAACCUGGACUUAGCAAGAGGCACAACAUCCACAAACACUCCUGCAGACACACGCAAAGCCGGUGGCCAGGAACAGAAUGGAACACAGCAGAGCAUCGUGGUGGACAUGCGUGAGUUUCGAAGCGAGCUCCCGUCCCUGAUCCACCGCCGGGGCAUUGACAUAGAGCCGGUGACUCUGGAAGUGGGAGAUUACAUCCUGACACCCGAGAUGUGCGUGGAGCGCAAGAGCAUCAGUGACCUGAUCGGCUCCCUCAACAACGGCCGGCUGUACAGCCAGUGCGUGUCCAUGGCCCGCUACUACCAGCGGCCCGUGCUCCUCAUCGAGUUCGACCCCAGCAAGCCCUUCUCACUCACGCCCCGCGGUGCCUUAUUCCAGGAGAUUUCCAGCAGCGACAUCAGCUCUAAGCUCACGCUCCUCACGCUCCACUUCCCCAGGCUCCGGCUCCUCUGGUGUCCAUCUCCCCACGCCACCGCAGAGCUGUUUGAGGAGCUCAAGCAGAACAAGCCCCAGCCCGACGCGGCCACGGCCAUGGCCAUCACAGCAGACUCAGAAGCCCUCCCCGAGUCGGAGAAGUACAACCCCGGGCCCCAAGACUUCUUGUUAAAAAUGCCAGGGGUCAACGCCAAAAACUGCCGUUCCUUGAUGAACCACGUGAAGAACAUCGCAGAGUUGGCCACGCUGUCGCAGGAGCAGCUCACAAGCAUCCUGGGGCACGCGGGAAACGCCAAGCAGCUCCAUGACUUCCUUCACUCCUCCUACGCAGACGUGGUGUCUACUGGGAAAAUGAGAAAGUGACCAGCACCUGGCCCUCCCUCUGGCCCAGCAUCUCAGCUGCCCUUUGUCAGCCACAGGGGGCCCUUAUUUAUUUAUUUGCACAGCAGUUCUUUCCUGAUGCUUUUUAAGGAUUGUGCAUUGUGUCUCCAAGGUCUUGGGCCAGAAGCCUGGAUUCCUUCCCCAGUCGUGCUGAGGUGUCUUCCUGCCUUUCCUGGCCUGCUCCCUCCCCUCUGUGCCAGGCUUUCUGUAUCCAUUUUUAAAUAAGGUGAUGUAGGAUGAGGCAGAGCUGCCAGUGUAUAUUGCAGGCCCCCACAAAGGAAGCAGAAGGUCGUGUUUGCCACAUGGCCUGGUAAAACACACUAAAACACACUGUGGAGACCAUACUGCUAUCUCCACAGGGCCCCAUGGACCCUGAGAAGGGAGAUCUGUGUUCCUUACCAGCUUCCUCCACCCAUGUUCCUCAGCUUCAUCUCUAACUCACAGGGAUGCCCUGCUACUAAUUUGAGACAUUUCCUCCAGAACUGGUCAACUAGUCUCCUGAUUGCAUACAUGUACAUAGCAUGUUGUAACUUGAUUGUUCCAAACCAAUGUUUUUAAACACAUAAAUGAAUUGAUGAUCUACAAGAUUUGAUGAUGUGAUGGAGGAGUCUCAGUUUUUACACUGUUACACCUCCAAAAUCCCCAGACAUCCCCCUGCCCCAGCACUCUUCCCUGGUGUUAGACACCACCAGCACCCUGAAGCACGCUGCCCUCUCUGUCCACUGCCCAUGUCCCUGUGCUCACCACAUCUCUUUCCCUGGUGAGGAUUCAUUGUGAGCAAAGGAGGGGCCCACAUGCUUUCUAGGUUUCAGUUUCCCCCUUUCCAGUUAAAGAAUUGUACAUACAUAGAUUGACACAGAACACAUAAAAAUUCAGAAGAAAUACUUAGAUACUUACAAACCCGUGAACUGAUCUCAUGGUUGAUUUAGGUGGCUUUUCGCUGAAAUUAAUGCAAGUGAUUCAUAGCAUCUUCAUCACAUUUUUAAACUGUGAUAUAUAAAUAUUAAUUUUAGCUAUUCAUGUGUUUAGUAAUGAGCAGUACAUUUCCUACCUCAAGAGCUGAUACAGACAAUUCUCCAGCCUCACUACACAGUUGAGUGUCCCAUCCCAUCAGCUGUCCUUUGGUGUGUCAUGCUGAACUGGUAGAAAGUGGACCCAGUAGCAAAAUGUCAUCUUCAACUUUUGCAAAAGCACUUUCAACAUUUCCUGUUGGCAUCUUGAUUUAUUGGUAAUUAACAGUACAGUUGUCCCUCAGUAUCCAUGGGGGGAUUGAUCCCAGGACCCUCCAAUGGUAGCAAAGUCUAUGGAUGCCACAGUCUUAUAUAAAACAGCAUAGUAUUUGCUUGUGACCUCUGCCCAGCCUCCUUUUGACUUCAGACUGUCUCUAGAUGGACUGAUGCCAUGAAAGUGAUGUGCUACUCUGCAUUGUGUAGGCAAUAAUGACAAAAAUAAUGUUCGGUACAGAUACAUUUGUGUCCUCAAAUAUUUCUAGUCCUUUGUUGGUUUCUUAUUUGGUUAUGGAAGACUGAUGGGAGUAGAGGGAUCCUGCAUUCUCUACAAGGGUACUUCAGAAAUGAAUUGAGGGUGUUAAGAACCACUGAGUUAUCAUAGAGUUUUAUAUGGUGAUAUAGAAAAUGGGGUUAAGAUAAAAAAUUAAGAUGGGAUAAAGAUUUGAACUGCU